UUCCAUGUACCCAAAUUUCCAAAGUUGGAGAGCACAUUUCCUUUUUAUCUCCAAUCUCUUUGCUUCAUUGUAAUGUCUAGGCUAAUGGAACCACUUGCUGUUGGAAGAGUGAUAGGAGAAGUGGUAGACAUUUUCAACCCAAGUGUGAGAAUGAAUGUGACAUAUUCCACCAAGCAAGUUGCAAAUGGUCAUGAGUUAAUGCCUUCAACUAUCAUGGCCAAGCCACGCGUUGAGAUUGGUGGUGAUGACAUGAGGACUGCUUAUACCUUGAUCAUGACCGACCCAGAUGCUCCAAGUCCUAGUGAUCCAUAUUUAAGGGAACAUCUCCACUGGAUGGUUGCAGAUAUUCCUGGCACCACAGAUGUCUCUUUUGGGAAGGAGAUUGUGAGCUAUGAGAGCCCAAAGCCAGUAAUAGGAAUACACAGAUAUGUGUUCAUCUUGUUCAAGCAGAGAGGAAGACAAACAGUGAGGCCUCCAGCUUCUAGAGACCAGUUCAACACAAGGAGUUUCUCAGAGGAGAAUGGCCUUGGCCUACCUGUGGCUGCAGUUUACUUCAAUGCCCAAAGAGAGACUGCUGCAAGAAGAAGGUGAUUGAUUCCUGGAGGGAGUAAAUAAAAACUUGUUUUCAGUCUUUGUGCUCUUAAUUCGAUUUGAUUGAUCUUCUCUCACCUUCAUAGUGUGUGGUAUGGUUGAAUAAUGAGGAAAUGUAAAAUGUUUAAUUUGAUGAAAUAUCUAGUACUCUUCACUUUUUUUUUUUUGGGAGUCCACGAGCAUGUGAGCUAGUGGAAUUUUAAAGUUAAAGUUAGUACAAAUUCUUGAUGUACUUUGCACUACUACUAACAAGGUUAUGUGAAGUUGUGGACCAAUCUAGUAUACUGUCUCUUUAAGGAUUUGUGAUUGUAAUAGAAAAAGGCAGAGCUUCGUGGCUUUCUAGCAUGUGCCCUGGCGUGUACUACUAUAUUGUUGCUAUUGUCACAUGCAUAUUUUUGCUAAGGACAAAACUUA